AUGUCUAUGGCAAAUGCAAUUGUUCCUGAAACGCUGAGACAUGGUAACUAUGAUAGUUGGAGUGCCUGGAUGAAAAACUAUCUGUUGGCUCAAGAUCUCUGGGAUUUGAUUGAAUCGCCAAGUGGCACGGAACCUCCUAAUCAAGAAGUUGCUAAAGAGGAAUAUAAGGCUUGGAGGAAGAAAAAUGCCACUGCUUUACAUGCCAUUCAAAUUUGCUGCUGGCCGUAUAUGAAUUUUAAGACUGAGCUGAGCACCGAUUCAGCCAAAAUUGCUUGGGAUAAUUUGGCCAAUUCAUAUAGAAAGCCAUUGCCAUUGCCAGUUCCAAAAGGCAAUGCUGGAAAGUUUCAAAUUCCUGACUCAGACUCCGAUUUUGACGAAUUUGACGAUACAGACUCCGACUUUGACACAGACAAUGGCACUGGAAAGGUUAAGGAUGACUAUACUCAAUUUGCUGGCCUAGCAGACUCUGUAUAUAGAGGUGACUGGCAUUCAACAAUGAACUUUCUUGACAGACAUCCUGGUGUAAUAAAUUCAAAGAUUAAUUCCUUUGGCCGAACUGUCCUUCAUAUGGCGACUAUAACUGGAAAUGUGGAAAUCGGAGAAAAGUUGGUAAAAUUAAUGUCGAAAGGAGCCUUGGCGAUACAGGAUGUUGAUGGUAACACAGCCCUUCAUUAUGCUGCUUGCCGAGGAGCUGCUAAAAUGGCAAGGCAUAUAGUCGAAAAGAAUGAUACAUUGGUCACCAUUGCAAAUAAACGGCAAUAUAUCCCAAUUGCAUCCGCUUGUGCAAGUGGAUAUAGAGAUGCUACCAUCUAUCUUCUCUCAGUAACUCCUCUUGAAGUGCUGUCAUUAGAUAAUGGCAUCCAUGGGUCUUUACUCCUCCGACAUGCUAUAACAUCCAAAAUGUUAGGUAAGAACUGCACUACUCCUCGUUAG